AUGCAGGACGAGACAUCGGCCAAUAGCCACCAACCUCGGAUCGCCACCGACGGGCAUACGCCGUCGACACGGUUGGCUUCCAAGACCGCCAAGCGACCGCAGACAAGCGGCUUGAGAGACAAGGCAGGGUCAAGGGAGAUGGCCCAGCACCCCAUCACCGCUCUCUACUGCGCUGGGAGGGCAGCAGGACUGCAGGUGCUGUCCGACAAUGACUUUCACGAGUUGUUUCUGUGA